UCGGUGUGGACCGCUGCACCAAUCAAUGGUCUCCGACGCCGCGCCAGGGGUUGAUUGAGGCUAAUGAACGUCACCGGCAGCGUGUUUGGCACCAUAAUGCGCUACGCCAUCGUUCUUGAUAGAUUGGCUGCGAAACAUGACACUUCUGACCUGACAGGCGCAGCGCAUGGCCUGUGUGCGCCUAAGUCAUGAAUCACGGGCACGCUUCACAGCAACACGGCAGUGGUGACGCGACCCAAUCCACCGAGGGCGAGGCGAAGGGAGGCACGUGGGAUGGGAAGAAGCAAGAGCACAAGCGCAGUAAAUCUGGAGGCAUAUUGGGUGGUCUUUCGUUCUUGAGGUCAAAAGAUGGCUCCAAAAAGUCGUCGUUGAAGUUGGAUGCAGAGGAUGAGGGCCAGAUGGAGGACACGGAAGCUGUACAGGGACGCUCCUCCCUUGCAACUGCCUUGCGCCAAAACGGGCAGGCUCGAAAAAGAAAGGGAUCGCUGAGGAAAGCAGCCAUGGCGAAGAUGCGUGAACGCAGUGGCUCGCUGCGCAAGGACCGGACGCUGGUAAAACCGCCGGUUAUCACCACGACCAUGAGCACGGCUUCACUUGCGGACAACGACACCACGCCCCGCCGCUUCAGCUACGAGAACGCCCCACUCAACUCAUCCUCAGAUAGUGGGUGGUUGUUGCCUGAAAGCAAACUGUCUCAGUCCAUGCUUGCACCCAGCCUCGAGGCUGUAGAACACCCCCGCCUGCUGGCCUCGCCUAUUACCAGCCCACUUGGCCCAUACGCAUCAACAACGGACGAAGACGAAGCUCUAUCCUUUUAUCGCCCUCCAAUGUCUGGAGGCAGCAACACCAUGUACAGCUUAUCUGCGCAAGAUCCCACCGUCCAACGCCGGCGCUCGAAUCGAUCUGAUCGGAGAACGUCACUGACGAUAGUCCAAACGUCCGCCGACCUCGAGGAUGGGGACGAUUGGGACUACAGCGAGACAGAGUGGUGGGGUUGGGUUGUGCUUGUCGUAACAUGGAUUGUUUUCGUGGUAGGAAUGGGGUCAUGUCUAGGAGUCUGGAGCUGGGCAUGGGAUGUGGGUGAGACGCCAUACGCCCCGCCCGAAUUGGAGGACGAUGAGUCGCUACCUAUUGUAGGAUACUAUCCGGCACUCAUAGUUUGUACGGCAGUCAUGAGCUGGGUGUGGGUAGUGAUUGCCUGGGUUGGUAUGAAGUACUUCCGGCAUUCGAAGAUGGUCGGAGACGACUAAUGGACUACAAUUUUAAUCACCAUCAGCCAUUCUUCCCAAGUGGCUUACACUGCCAUGCAAGUUCGAGGGCCAAAAACGAUUGUAUAAUCCAGUGCGUUGGAAUCAUUUGUAUACGCGUUCAGAUUUCUUUGACCAGCAAAAAGAAAGCAGAUCUUCCCAUAGACACCAUAUCCAGCAAAAAUGAUGUUGGAGUGAUCCCGGAAGAACCGGGCACUGAAGCUUGUCGCUUCUGUGGAUCGAACACAGUACCUCCAGAUUUAAUGACUGAACUUCAGUCUGGCGCUCUCCCAAGUGAGCUAAAG